AUGUUUCGUAUCGCAAAGCCAGAGAACUUUUUACUCAUCUCCCCGAGCAAGAAGCAAGUCGGCGGCCAAAACGCGCUGGAAUGCCUACCACUUGUCAUGGAGCCACAGAGCGCAUUUUACAGCAGCCCGCUGCUUGUGCUGGAUUUCCAGAGUCUUUACCCCAGCGUCAUGAUUGCCUAUAAUUACUGCUACUCGACCUUUUUGGGCCGCAUCGUUAACUGGUGCGGGACAAGCAAGAUGGGCUUCACGGAGUAUAAGCGACAAGCUGGGCUCAUGGCGCUGCUCAAAGACUACAUCAACAUUGCGCCUAACGGCAUGAUGUUUGUCAAGGCAGAGAUUCGCAAGUCUUUGCUCGCAAAGAUGUUGACUGAAAUCUUGGAGACCAGAGUCAUGGUCAAGAGCGGUAUGAAGGAAGACAAGGCCGACAAGAUGCUACAGCAGCUCCUCAACAAUAGACAGCUGGCUCUGAAGCUGCUGGCCAACGUCACAUACGGCUACACCUCGGCCUCGUUUUCUGGCCGCAUGCCGUGCUCCGAAAUUGCAGACAGCAUCGUGCAGACAGCACGCGAGACGCUCGAGCGGUCCAUAGCCUACAUUCACUCUGUUGAGAAAUGGGGCGCCGAGGUCGUCUACGGUGACACGGACAGCCUGUUUAUCUAUCUCAAGGGCCGCACCAAAGACCAGGCCUUUGACAUUGGCAACGAGAUUGCGCACGAAAUCUCCCAGAUGAACCCGCGGCCCAUGAAACUCAAGUUUGAGAAGGUCUACCUCCCGUGCGUGCUGCAGACCAAGAAGCGCUACGUGGGCUACAUGUAUGAGACCAAGGACCAGGUCACUCCUGUGUUCGACGCCAAGGGAAUCGAGACGGUCCGUCGCGACGGCACGCCCGCCGAGCAGAAAAUUGAGGAGAAGGCGCUCCGGAUGCUUUUUGAGACGGCCGACCUCAGCCAGAUCAAGGCCUACUUUCAAGCGCAGUGCGCCAAGAUUAUGCGCGGCGCCGUCAGCGUCCAGGAUUUCUGUUUUGCGCGCGAGGUCCGCCUCGGGAGCUACUCGGACAAGGGCCCGCCGCCAGCCGGCGCCCUCAUCAGCGCGCGCAAGAUGCUCGACGAUGCCCGCGCCGAGCCGCAGUACGGCGAGCGCGUGCCGUACGUCGUCAUCACCGGGGCCCCCGGAGCCCGCCUCAUCGACCGCUGCGUCGCGCCCGAGGAGCUCCUCGCGAACCCGCACUGGCAGCUCGACGCCGAGUACUACAUAGGCAAGAACCUCAUACCGCCGCUCGAGCGCAUCUUUAACCUCGUCGGCGCAAACGUCCGCCAGUGGUACGACGAGAUGCCCAAGGUGCAGCGCAUCUACCACACGGCGACGACGCCUGGCGUCGAGGGGGCCAGGCAGAAGCGCUCCACGCUCGAGUCGUACAUGAAGUCGACUCACUGUCUGGUCUGCGGCGUCAAGUUUCUUCGAGAAGCCUCCGCAGCGACAGCGGCAUCAGCACACACGACGUCGCUGUGUCCUAGGUGUAGAGCGCAGACGGCGUCGUCGCUGCUCGCGCUGCAGACGAAGCUCACGACCGAGGAGAACAAGUACCAGAAGCUGCUCACCAUAUGUCGCAGCUGCAUGGGUGUGGCGCCGCUGGACGAUGUGAAAUGUGACAGCAAGGACUGCCCCGUAUUUUGGACACGCAUGCGCCAGAGGGGGAAGGUGGUCGGCGAGCGGGCCAACGCGCUGCCGGUGAUGGGAAGUUUGACCGAGGCGCUGAGGCUCAGGGACCUGGAGUGGUAG